AUGUCGAACCCCAGUGAAAUCAACGGCGGCGCCGCUGUGGCCAUGGUGGGUAAAGACUGCGUUGCUAUUGCGAGCGAUCUGCGACUAGGCCUACAGAGUGUGGGAAUAUCCGGCGAUUUUGAAAAGAUUUUCGAGUACAACGGCGUUUACUUGGCUCUUACAGGAUUGGCCACCGACGUGCAAACAUUGUCGAUUGACUUCCGCAAAAAGCACAGUCUGUACGAGCUUCGAGAGGAGCGGCGAAUGGAGCCUCAGACAAUGGCGAAUCUUGUUUCCUCGACCCUCUACUCCAAACGAUUCGGUCCUUAUUUCGUUGGCCCGCUGGUUGCUGGACUCAACUCGUCCACUAGCAAGCCGUAUAUCUGUUCAUUUGACUCCAUUGGCUGUAUCGAGCACGCCAACGACUUUGUCGUGGUUGGAACUGCUUCCGACCAGCUGUAUGGUAUAUGUGAGUCUCUGUACGAGCCAAAUCUCGAGCCCGAAGACCUGUUCGAGACUAUUUCGCAGGCGCUCAUGUCUGCCGUGGAUCGCGACGCUUUAAGCGGCUGGGGCGGUGUUGUCUACAUAAUUGAAAAAGACAAGGUCACCAAGCGAUACCUCAAAACCCGUCAAGAUUAA